UGUGUGGUGGGCGCGGGUGGCAGGGCCCCCGGUGUGCUCCAGCCGCGCGGUUCGAGGCUGGAGCAUCCUUACAUCUUUCCCCCCGCCCUCCUCAAAUUCCGGCUCCCUUCCCUCCCGCAGCACGUGGUGCUUUACCCACUGGUGUCCAAGAGCCUGCGGAACAUCGCAGCAGGGAAGGACCCGCUGGAGGGGCAGCGGCACUGCUGCAGCAUUGCCCAGAUGCACGAGCACUACUCCCUAGGGUACCCCGACCUCGAUGAGCUCCAGAAGAACCCCCAGCCCCUCAUCUUUGACAUCGAGGUGCUGAAGGUGGAGCCACCCGGCUCCUACCAGCAGGACCCAUGGGCCAUGACAGAUGAGGAGAAGCUCCAGGCUGUGCCCCAGAUCCACAAGGAAGGCAACGAGCUGUACCGUCAGGGCAAGGUGUCUGAGGCAGCUGCCAAAUACUACGAUGCCAUUGCCUGUCUCAAGAACCUGCAGAUGAAGGAGCAGCCAGGCUCUCCAGACUGGAUUGAGCUUGACCAGAAGAUCACACCCCUGCUCUUAAACUAUUGCCAGUGCAAGCUGCAGUGUGAGGAGUACUACGAGGUGCUGGACCACUGCUCCUCCAUCCUCAACAAGUACGAGGACAAUGUCAAGGCCUACUUCAAGCGGGGCAAGGCCCACGCAGCCGUGUGGAACGUGGCUGAGGCUCAGGCUGACUUCGCCAAAGUCCUGGCGCUCGACCCCUCGCUGCGCCCCGUGGUGUCCAAGGAGCUGCGCAGCCUGGAAGCGCGGCUGCGGGAGAAGGACGCCGAGGACAAGAUCCGCUUCAAGGGCAUCUUCUCCCAGUAGAGUCCGUGGCUGCAAGGGAGAGCCCAGUGCUCUCGGGACAGGUUCUUUAGAUAUUCCACAUGUGGAAUGGUCAUGGAUGUUUAUUAAUGUUUAAUACAGAUUUUACUUAUUUGAAGUCAGUGGAAAUGGCCCCGGAGCUCGCCACAGCCUGGGGACACAGCCAGGGCUUAUCGUCACGCCAGGGAUACGUGGGUGACAAGAGCCUGCUGCUUCCUGCCAACUUUUAUCACUUAUUGGAUGUUUUUAUACUUUAUGGUGGCCAUGGAAGGGCGGCACUGAGCCUCGGCCCCAGCUCCAACCCGUUCAUGCCUGUUCUCCGUGCCACGCCAUUGUCACUUAUCCAGGCUGCUGCUAUCAUCCCAACCCAGUGUCUCCUCUUGUCAUGUCAGUGUCGGGAAUAUUUUAUAUAGAGUAACAGCUUGUUCCUGCGAUCUCUAUAAAUCUGAUCAUGCUAUGCCAAGAUAAACUUAAGUAAAACCAGUCACACCCCCUG